GGGAGCGCGCCUGCGCCGGAGGCGGCGGAUUCGAACGGCGGCGGUUGGGCCGGUCUCGGCGGUAGCGGCCUGAGGAAGAGGAGGAGGAGGAGGAUGAAGCGUGCGGCGCCCCGCAGCACUUUGCGGAGGAUAAUAAAGACGCACAAGCCGCAGUUACGCCUGGCGACCAACGCCGACCUGCUGGUGCAUUUGAACUUCUUACUGUUUCUCCAUCGGCUAGCAGAAGAAGCCAGGACAAAUGCUGUUGAGAACAAAAGUAAAAUAAUUAAAUGUGAACACACUAUAGCUGCAGCAAAGGUUAUUUUAAAGAAAAGCAGAGGCUAGAAAACAGACCACUGGAAUUUCAAAGCAUGUUUUCUGUGUUUUCUUACUAAUGUGAGAUCCUGUGAGCCAGCUUUUGCACUUUUGGAAGUACUUAGUUUUAUUGAUGUCUGUCUCCUGACUCUAUGAGUAUCUUGCUGUUUCUUUAAAAAAAAUAAAUUUAAGAAUCUUAAAACGUAUAUUUUCAUACACUUCAUGCGUAAUUUUAAAAUGUGUGUCACUUGUUAUUUAAGACUUUUCAUGUACCUUGUUUCUUCCAAAACAAUGGAGGAAUGCCUAUACCAUAGUCACUCUUCAGGUACAAUGUGUCAUUUAUUUUUAGAAGUGUGAAACUAAUCUAAAAGAUGCAGGUUUCACUAAAUCCAUUAUAGAUUAUGCAGUUCAAAGCAGAUUUACUAGCUAAACAAAAUCGUGGCUUUAAAACAAUUGCUGUACAAACUAGUGAAUUAAAUAUCUUGGCUUUAAUUUAUUUAUAAGUGUCUUAACAUUUUUUUAAAUUACUUUGAAAAGUAGGCUAAAACUUCUCUGUUCUGGGGAAAGAAUACGUAUUUUGUAUUUCUGAAUCAUGCUCUGAACUGUUAAGCUGGCCUAUUGUUUGAUGUGGUGUAUGAGACAAGUUGGUGGUCUCUAAUUCAGUUGGUGCGGACAGAUGUGCAUUAUGGAAAAGAAAAGAUUUGGCACAGCUGAUGUUUUUGAAGUUAGAUCCUGUACAAAUAGUGAAGAUAAGUUGGCCUGAGUGCCAAGCUACUUCCUCUCCCCUUUUGAGUGUCAUCUUAACUUGUCAAAAGUCUGGAAAUGUACUUUAUAUAAAAAUAUCUUUCUAAAUUAAAAUCAUAUUCUAUUCCUAAUCUGAUAUUUUUAAACAGUUGCUGAACACUUUGCUUAAUAAAUCUUUCAAUAAAGAUGUAGCUGAAUCUUACGGUUUGAGCUGAUAAUACAGUUUUGUGGAAUAUGUGGUAGCUGAUCCUUCAUAUGCACAGUGAGCUAUUCUUAAAGAAUUCUUAAAAACAUGUAUUGAGUAGUCUAAUUUUGUUUAACACGUUACUGAGUAUGUUCUAGAAACUCAGCAAAAAAGAAUUACGUUUUAUAAGUAUUUUUAUAGUCUAAGGAAACUGGAGCAAUGCCAGAACUUCAAAUUUCAUAUUGUGUCCACAUACUUUUAAAACUCCUGUACAACCUAUGAAAAGUCAUCCUUUUACAGCAUGCAGAAAGGAUUGAUGACUCUUCUGCUUUACUUAACUCAUAGGGCUUAGUUCAGUCUGCUUCUUGUAAGGUUGACUAGAUUCCUUAUUCUGCAUUUUCUUCUCUUACUCCCUUGGAAUCCAUAAAGAAAGCUGAGAACAUAUAUGUGUAGAGGACAUUUGGACUUAAUAAUCUGAAGUACAUUCUCAGAAAUAAGGGAGAUCUGACUAGGUAUUUAUAUUUUUCUUUGUAAUUACUGUCUGUGAUUUAACAAUUUUAUUGCAACACUAGAUUUUCCUUUGUUAUAAAUGUUUUCUCUUAAUUUUUCCCUGAAAUAUUUUCUUAUAGUCUUGUACAACCACAUACCUUUCCUCAUUGUACAGUUGUUUAAGUGCUGUAGCUUCUUUUGGAACUUGUUUUGAUGUCCACUUUAACUUACUCUGUUUUGAUUUGCGCAGGAGCAAGAUCCACUCUGAGCUUAGUGGAAUGUUCUCAUUCUCAUGUAGUAGAUGGAUGAUCAGCUACCAUUGGGGACGGGAGGCGAGGAGGGGUUAAAACCAGCCACCAGUGUACUUUUAAAAUAUUUUAUACAGUGUUUUUGGCCUGUAUUCAUGGUUAAGAAGGUGCCUUUUUUUUUUAUAGGAGAGGGACUUUUUUUCUAUAAGCCCUGAGAAGUCUCAGUCAGAAUGUGUCCUGUCACUAGAUUGCCAGUACUUUGUGAACAUUUCAUGAUAGCUGAAGCAGGCAGGUAUUCAGAAGACCUGAAUAGCUUGGCAGGUAUUCAGGUUUCUCUCUUAAACUUUAAAUAAAUGCAUACUGAAAAUUAA